AUGAGCGACAACUCACCAUGCUUCCCGCUAGCAAGAGCUAACUUCCUUCAGCCAAACCCUUACCCCUGUCACACGACUGCAAUAUGGCCUACAAAAACAACAGAAGGGAACUUGCCACAAGUCGCUCAGAGAGCAGCCAUGAGGACAUCGUACGCUGUGAAUUCCGAAAAAGUCGCAGGCACAAAGCGAAAGAACAUGGACGACGAUGAAUUCAUGGCUGAUUCACGCAGUCCUCCAGACUCACCCCGACAGCAUGAUGUCGAUCGAGCAAACUCGAUGAAAAGAGUCAGAACAGGCAAAGAUAAGGAAUUUCCAAUGAACAGGUUACUGGCAACACUUGACAAAUCACAAAUACUAGCAGUUAUACAUAAUCUACUCGAUGCGCAUCCAAAUCUGCAAUCCGAAGUUGCGUCUUUCAUCCCACCACCCACGGUUUUGUCGGCCGAAUCAGCACUCAAACAACUCGAAAAGCGUCUACACGAAAGCUUUCCCUAUACUCGUUGGGGUCCAUCAAAAGACGACUACAGUUUCAAUAGAAUAAGACCGCAUUUGUUGGAUUUGAAGGAAGUCAUAUUGGACUACGCGGCGCACUUUGCAUCGCCUAAUGAGUUUCCCACUAAUACGUUUUCAUAUUUGAAUUUGGCGAUUGGGUUUGUGCAUAGACUGCCAUCGUGGGAAAACGAAAAGAAUAAUGAGGCGAAGAAAGAGUUGUAUGAGAAAUUAGGAGCCUAUUGGCGAAAGUGCAUUGCAGAUGCGGCGAGUAAGUUAGAUGAAGGAAAGUUUUAUACACAGGCUGUUGUUGAAGAGUGGGCGAAAAAGUGA